GAUUUCCCAAAGAAACUCAUGAAUUAUUAUUGAGGAACAGUGUGAUAAUUCGGCGCUGUGAGCCAUCGAGCGCCCCCUGCAUAUGUGAUGGCAAACAUCUCGGGCCUCUCCACUGUUUUGCUUUCAGGACUUUCUAGUGCAAUGGGCUGGGCAGACUGUGAUCUCCGGAACGGCUGACUGUACACAGCACCGAAACUAAGAUGGCAUCUGGAAGGAUUCGUUCCACGCGCCGUCUGCGCUCCUGGAUAGUGGAACAGGUGAACAGUGGGAAGUAUCACGGCCUAGUGUGGGACAACCCUGAGAAAACCAUGUUUCGUAUCCCAUGGAAACAUGCAGGAAAACAAGAUUUCCGAAGUGAGGAAGAUGCGGCUAUUUUCAAGGCUUGGGCAGAGUUUAAAGGGAAGCUUUUGGAGGAUGGAAAUUCUGACCCUGCAUCCUGGAAAACUCGCCUUCGCUGUGCCCUCAACAAAAGUCCAGAGUUUAGUGAGGUCACUGAAAGAUCACAGCUGGACAUCUCAGAACCUUACAAAGUGUACCGCCUCGUACCACUAGAAGAACAAGGAGUGGUGAAAAUAAAAAAAGAGAAUGGACAGAAAGCAGUAAGGAGCAGCAGGAGGAGAUGCAGUGAAUCCGAGAAUGAUCAGCAGAUUGAAUGCAAAAAGAUCAAAAAGGAGGUUGUUGUGCUUCAGCCCAUCAACAUGAGUGCACAGGAAAUUGUCCCACACACAGGAAGUGAGAUCACAUUCCAAGCUGGGGUGCAGACAAUCCUCUUAAACAGUGACAGUGGUGAAGAUAUCCAGUUAAACUUAACAAUUGAGGCAGUGCCUUUGUCAGAAGAAAAGAGAGUGCUGAACUCUUUCCACAUAACCGUGCACUACAUCGGUCAGGAGGUUCUACGGCGAGAAGUAAGGUGCAAUGAUGUUCGGAUUGCUUACCUGCCUCCGUCACCUGUCCCUCCGUCUCCACCGUCUCUGAACGGCACCGGCUUCCAUCGAAUCCCUCUCCCAGACCCCCCCUCAGACAUGGUCGCCAACCCCAGCCUUGCCACACGUUUGAAAGGUCUUAACGAAUUGCUGCCCUUCUUGGAGCGGGGAGUAGUGCUGACCUCGACAGGAGGAGGCAUCUAUGCCAAGCGCUUCUGUCAGGGACGGGUGUUCUGGAGAGGACCGCACAUCACCACCACAGGACCCUGUAAAAUGGAGAGAGGAAGCGAGCCCACCCAGCUGUUCAACAUGGAUAUAUUCAGACAGGAGUUGGAAGCUUUCCGCAAUGGAGGAAAAGAACCUCAAAGUGAGAUCAUGAUGUGUUUUGGAGAAGAACUGUAUGAUGGAGAUAACAUCUCUGACAAACACAUCAUCAUUAAGAUCUCUCUCCCAUGCGUUGAGUUGCAGAUAGAAGAGGUCAAGACCCUCAGAGACCCAUUUGCAAUUCUCAAAUGUUUGGCCAGCCAGUCUCCUACAGGGGAAGUGACGCUGAAUCUUUGUUGAAGUAUCGGAGCAACCAAUAACAAACCUCUGAGAUAACACUCGCUGCAUUCUUGACAUUAAAGCCCAAAGUAUACUUAGUUUUUUUGCACAGUCUAUCACACAGCCUUGCAAAGUAUACUUCUUUUGACUCGUACGCGUACACAGGUGUUCAACACGUGCAGUUUUUCUCGCCACGAGUUACAACCCAUGUAAACAUCUUUGUAUUCUUUCAUGCUAGAGUUAUACAAAUGAGGAUACUUUCUAACCUCUUCGCAUAAUCUCUUGUCUAUGUAGGCCUCCAUUGUUGCUGUAACUUGCAUGCGUUCCGUUCUGUUCUGUUUAUGCAGUUUUUGUUCAAGUACCUUGUGAAUCGACGCCCCCAGGGCAUGGUUGCCACCUUGUGGAUAAACUAAUUACUGCAAAAAUAAUUAAAUGCACAUGUGCGACCUGCGCAUACAACGUAGAAAGUGAAUUAUACUUUGGGCUUAAGGAUCAAAAUUAAGAGGAAAAUGGCUUGAGACAACUUGUGGAAACACUUUACUUUAGGUAGUUAGUGGAAAUGCUGCAAUUAUUAGUUGCUUAAAUAUAUCCACCUUAUUCCUGACUAGCCUACUGCGUUUCGAAUUAUGGGUCGCACUUCCGGUUUGGGGAACUUCCAUUUAAAAAGACAGAAACGAAUCGUUUCAAAUCAUAAGGUUUCCCUACAAAUAAAGCUUAUCCGUCAAUUAGACUGAAUGAGCUGUCAAUUUUUCUUUAAUGUUUUAUUUUCAGACAUAAUGAGAAUAACGUAACGCUUGGUAUUUUAACGUAACAUGUUAUAACAGAGCUCUUUUCAGCCGCUGCUUUCUAUCCCCGUGAUUAUUUUCUUUUGUCCCUUUGCAUACCGCUGUAAUAGUAUGAAAAAGGACAACAUAUACUGCACAUUUGUGAUGUGUUCUCCUGAUAUAAUUUACGAUCCCAUUAAUAAUUCACUGGAAUGCAUGAAGAAUCUCUCGUUUUUCUCCUCAAAGCCUCUUUCCAGGUUUGUUUUCACAGGUAAAUACAAUUUAUUAUCUGUAAAAAUGAUGGAAAUCACUUUGAAAUAGUAUCACGCAAUGCUGAAGUUCAUGAACAUUUUUAUUAAAGCAACGUAUAUUACAUAAUACAGAUAUAUAUCACUAUAGUUAUAUAUAACCCGUCCGUUAUUGCUGUGGAAAGAAUCGCGCUUUUUCAUGGCCUGUUGAAAGUAGCCUACCUUGUUGACGCUUUUACACAUUUAAAUGUCCUUUUAAUGUUCGUUGGUUGAAGGGUGAGUAGAAUAAUGUCAUCUCAUUGUACCCAGUUUAAAAAUAAAACAUAUUAUUGCGUUCAUAGAGCGAGCCUUUCACUGACUGUUUACAGGUUAACGGAAGUUACACCCAUAAUUCGCGCAAAGCGUCAUGGGGCGUAGGAAUAAGGUGGAUAGCCAAAUUGCUGUUAGAUAUAUAUAAGAAUUACAAAGAUACAUCUUUAGUCAAUAGGUUUUUUCACACUGAGCUUAACCCCGGGUUAUCGUCGUUCUAAACACCGCUUUUACCCCCGGGUAAAGGAGAGCUUCACACUUGUAAUUUAGAUGCGGGGUUAGCACCGCUUUUACCCGGGGUUAUGAAACCCUGCUCUGGAGCAGGGUUAGCAUUGCGGUGCCAAACUUUUGUACUGCGAGAAACAAUGCGGUGUUAGAAUGUUAAAAAUAGAUGCUUAGCAACUGACAACCAAUCGCGUGCCUUACAUCACACCGCGCGAUGUAUAAACUGUCGUUUCUGGGUAUGAUAGUUAAACAUGUCAAACGGCGAUGGAAAAUGCGACAAUUGGAGAGAAGAAGAGACCGUCAUUCUUACCUUUAUAGUUCGAAAAGUUCACUCAGAAGAAAAAACUUGAUGUUACAGUCAGCAAUGUGUUAUAUGAGGAGGCGCAAUGCUAGAGCCUUCAUAUAAACAUAUAGUUGGAGGGGAAAGUGAUAGACACCGCAAAUAUGCAGAUAAGGACUUUAACCCAGGCUUUAGGAAUGUGCAGUUUGAAACAGUAGCUUAUGAAUACCCAGGAUUAACUGUCAACCCCGGGUAUAGUAUGAGCAGCGUGAAACGUGAAUAAAGUUAACCCAGGAUUCCGUUUACCAGGGGUUUCGAAUGACCCAGGGUUUACUAUUUAAAGUGUGAAUAGACCUAUUGCAUUGCAUGUUAGUUUCACAGCAAAUUGUAAGUGAAAAGUGUUUUUUUGUCAAUUGUAAAUAUAUAUAUACCAUCUGGCCUAGUGGAGUCUGAAUAAAGAUAAAGAGAUUCAAACUUAUUAAAUGCAUUAAUAACAAUGUACACGGUUAACUACAAAUGGAUUGUUACAUUACAUUGUAUAUUGUCAUCCAACGCUAAUGUAUCUCUGAAUUUGUCACUUUACAUUAAUCAAUGGCAAUAAAUGUUGUUGUCACUUGC